CAUUCUACAACAAAAUAUGCAUCGGUGCUUGACGGUGUUGUUAAUUGUAGCUUUUUUUGAGUCUCAUCUGUCAGUGGAGGCUGUAAAUGCACCUCCAGGACAAACAUUGGGACAACCAUGGCCGAUGCCUCAAAGCUAUCAAUCUUAUCCAGAUUUACUUCUUCUUAAUUCUGCAACUUUCAACCUUAGUCCUGUUGGCCAUAGCUGUGAUAUACUUCAAGAUGCUAUCAGACGAUAUAGACUAAUAAUUUUUGGACCUUCGAAUGCUUUAAAAUUUAGACCUAAAUCAAAUGUAAAUGUCCUAGCUAAUUUGGACGUCAACUUGAUGAAUGAAUGCGAAAAAUACCCAUCUCUGGAAAUGAAAGAGAAUUAUACCUUGACCGUUACAUCCUCGACAGCCAAUCUUGCAUCUCCAACUAUAUGGGGAAUUCUUCGAGGUUUGGAAACUUUCAGCCAGCUGGUUUAUCGAGGCAACUAUGGCGAAUUUCUCUUGAACGCUACGAAGAUUGUCGACUUUCCCCGAUUCUCCCACAGAGGUGUGCUAUUAGAUACAUCUCGUCACUAUUUAUCGAAAGAGGUUAUCAAGGAGAACAUUGAGGCAAUGGCUUAUAAUAAAAUGAACGUUUUUCAUUGGCAUAUCGUAGAUGAUCAAUCAUUUCCCUAUCAAAGUCGUAAAUAUCCUAAGCUUAGUGACGAAGGUGCUUACAAUCGUUUCACUCACAUCUAUACUCAAAAUGACGUUGCUGAAAUUAUUGAAUUUGCUCGUGUAAGAGGUAUUAGAGUCAUACCCGAAUAUGAUACUCCAGGCCAUUCUCAAUCUUGGGGAAAGGGACAAAAAGGUCUCUUAACAGAAUGUUAUAGUCAGGGAAAGCCAAACGGAAAUUUUGGACCUAUUAAUCCAAUUGUAAACACUACAUAUACAUUCCUGGAAGGUUUUUUUUCAGAAGUUCAACAAGUAUUCCCAGAUAAAUAUACACAUAUGGGAGGUGACGAAGUGUCUUUUGAUUGUUGGAAAAGUAAUCCGGAUAUUACAAAAUUUAUGCAACAGCAUGGUUUCCCUGGAAACUAUUCAAGAUUGGAACAAUACUACGAACAAAGAUUACUCAAUAUUAUGGCAAAACUAAAUGCAGGAUAUAUCAUUUGGCAAGAAGUUGUAGAUAACGGUGUAAAAGUAAGACCAGACACGGUCGUUGAAAUUUGGAAAGGUGGAUAUCAAGAUGAGUUAGCUAAAGUCACCAAGAAAGGCUUAAGAACUAUACUUUCAUCUUGCUGGUACCUAAAUUAUAUUAGCUACGGAGGCGAUUGGACUAAGUAUUAUUCAUGUGAUCCAUGGGAUUUCGAAGGUACUGCUGAACAGAAGAAUUUAGUUAUUGGAGGCGAGUCUUGCAUGUGGGGAGAGUAUGUAGAUUCUACUAACGUCAUCUCAAGACUAUGGCCUAGGAAUUCAGCUGUUGCCGAAAGACUAUGGAGCGCACAAUCCGUAAAGAAUCCUGAUAAGGCAAAACCUAGAAUUGAAGAAAAUCGCUGUCGUAUGAUAAGACGAGGCAUUAGAGCAGAACCAUUAAGUGGACCAGGAUUUUGUAGCCAAGAAUUCAAUUCUAUCCCCUAAAUAUGUUUGAUAAUACUCAGUGAUAUGUAUUUGCAAUGAUACUAUAGAGAAUAAAUGAUAAUGAACUUUUAAUCUUUCUUUCACGACACUAAUUUUGACUUGAAAAUUUGCUUUUAUGAAACAUAUGAAUAACAUUAAUAUUAUAAUAGCUCACUUGUAAAUUUAGGUUCGCCCAGAUACUGUUGUGCAUGUAUGGAAAGGGGGAUGGCAACAAGAUAUUGCCAAGGUAACAGCUUUAGGUCAUAGAGCAUUAUUAUCCACUUGUUGGUACCUUGAUUAUAUAUCAUAUGGAACUGAUUGGACAUCUUAUUACAAUUGCGAACCGCUUAAUUGGCAAGGUAGGAAUCUUAAUAAGACAUGAAAACGAGAAAACACCAUUUACUUAUAGGCAGUGCCGCACAAAAAAAGUUAGUAAUGGGUGGUGAAGCAGCUCUAUGGGGAGAAUUUGUUGAUACCUCAAAUGUUGUUUCUAGACUUUGGUAAUUUAAAAUAGAAUUAUAUUUAACACACGUCAAUUAAAACAAAUUGUUAGGCCUAGAGCAAGUGCUGUUGCUGAAAAAUUGUGGAGUUCCUCAGCAAUGUCCGAUGCAACAAGUGCAACGCCAAGAUUUAAGGAACACAGAUGCAGAAUGGUCGGACGGGGAAUUAGAGCCGAACCUCAAAAUGGUCCUGGCUAUUGCGUAAAGGAAUUUAACUAGUUACUUACUAGGAAGAAAAGAAUAGAAUACGACAAUUUGAUUUAGUUUCUAACUUUGUUAUGAUUUUAACUUUUAGCUCUAAGAAAUAAAUGGUGUUACACACCUGUAUACAGU